GAUUGUAUACAGUUGUAGAGCGCUACAUUGUAUAUUGGUUGCUUCCACUUGACUGCAUAAGAUAUAAGUGGUCUUAGCCAGUCUGGUUUCAAAUGGAAGGUGUUCCAAGGCUGCCAAUGCUAUCCUUUGAAGUCAAACGGAGUCCAAAAAAAUUUGACUUUGCAGGGAAGCUACAACAACUAAUAGCUCAGAAAUACCAUGAAGACCCAGAUAAAUACAUGAACGAGAUCCAUGAACUAGAAGCAUUGCGUGCCUCUGCUGUGUAUGCAUCCAUGGACUUCAAUGGAUGUUCCACAUUGAAGAGAUAUUACUGCCAACUUCAUUUCAUCAAGAAUAGAUUUCCAUGGAGCCCAAGCGAUCACAAGCUCCUUCACUUUACAUGGCAAGACAUAGCUACGGGGAUCCAGGUUUCUGUCCCUGAUAUAGAUUUUGAAAUUGCCUGUGUCCUCUACAACAUUGGAUCCCUGCAUACUCAGCUUGGAGCUGCUGAUAGCCGUACAUCUUCUGAAGGGAUGAAGAUUUCAUGCACCCACUUCCAAUGUGCAGCUUGGGCAUUUGAGAAAUUGCUGGAGAUGCAAAAAGAAAAACAUGAGGGUUAUUUUCGAGGAGACCUUGGGAGAGAGAUGUUGACAUUUUUAAGCAUAGUCUCCCUGGCUCAAGCACAGGAAUGCAUACUGGAGAAGAGUAUGGUUGAUCAACGCAAGCAUACCAUCACAGCCAAAGUUGCAGCACAGAUUGUGGACUUCUAUGGAGAAGCUCUGAAAUUCCUGUCAGGAACAAAAGAAGACACUCCAGUUGCAGAUACAGUCAAUAGUUCUCUUGCAAAGCAAUGGAAGAAGUAUGUGGAGUUCAAGAUGGGCUUCUAUCAGUGCAUUACAUACCUCUACCAAGGUCUACAAACAGAAGAUCAACAGCAGUUGGGUGCGAGGGUUGCAUACUACAAAGCUGCUUUGGAUAAAUUAGGAGAAACAGAGAAGCUCAUCAAAGGCAUCCCAAAGCAAGAGGUGAAGUAG